UUCGCUUCGUCGCUUCCUUAGCUCUGCACCUAAAACGGGCUAAAUUGGCGGAGGAAGCCUAUUCAGAGGGAAGGAACAGAGACGAUUCCAGAUCUGUUUCCAUUGUCGCGAUUUGCCCUAGAAUUCCAGUUUCAGUAAGCUUGAUGUGUGAAAUUUUCACCAAAAAACACUCAGAAUUAAUUAAUUCCUGUUCCUAUUUCAGGAGAUGAUGAUCAUUUUGAUCGGUUUUCGUGUCUAAUGGUUGAAAUUGCAUGAAUGAAGAAUAUAUUUGAUCUCAGUUUCAUGGAAGGAAGAUCUAUUUGAUCGGUUUGUGAUUGAGAAAUAUCAGAUUAGGUUAUAUAUUAGCAGAAUUUAGGUUUCUUUAACCAUUGAAUUCGGAUUCCCCCAACCAUACUCUGGAGGAUCAUCAAUGGAUAAGGUGAGGACCAGAAGUCCAGUGUAUGUUAGGCAGAAGAGCAUUUCUAAUACGUCCGGAGGACCAACAUCUCCGAUGAUGUCUCCCAUGCAUCGUCAUGCACGGUCUGGAUCAACCGGUGUGAAUUUCCGGAAGCCACAAAAUUAUGCGGCCAAAGCUGCAGCUCAGAGGCUUGCGCAGGUUAUGGCACAUCAACAGACGGAUGAUGAUGAUGACGAUGAAGACCUUUCUUUGGAUUACAAUCCUACAGGGAGCAUUGGUCUUGCAUCUGGGAGGGCAAUGCGAUCUCCUUCUCCUGCGAAUUCUGCACCCAGAGGUACAUCUCAGAGGCUUGCGCAUGCCAUGGCACAUCAACACAUAGAGUACGAUGAUGAUGACCAAUACUUGGAAUACAAGCCCACAGGGAGCAUUGGUCUUGCAUCUGGGAGGGCAAUGAGAGCUCGUUCUCCUGCGCUAGGUCGUAACUCUGUAGAAGAGACUUCGUCUUCUCGCUCUUCAUCAGCUAGCCGAUCAUCUGUUUCAGUUAACUCUGUAGAACAGCAUGCACCCACUCACACUUCAUUGGCUGGCCGAUCAUCUCCUUCACUCAGCACUGUAGAGCAAUCCCCAUCAUCUCGCUUUUCAUCAGCUGGCCGAUCAUCUCUUCCAGUCAAUUCCAUUGAGCAACCUACCUCAGCUCGUGCUACUUCAGCUGGCCGAUCAUCUUUUGCCGCCAAUUCUGUAGAACAACCUCCAUCUGCCCGUUCUGCAUCAGCUGGUCGACCAUCUCAAGUAGUCAAGACGGUUCCCAUGGUACCACCCAGUGUACCAAUAUCGUUAAGGCCACCUACUUCUGUGCUCCCAUCAGAUCCUUCCACUGAUCAUCGAAGGGAUAGAAGGUCCUCAGUAGAUUUUGGAAGUUUAAACAUGCGUGAAACUGGAAAUCAUCGUUCUACUUCCUCCCUUCAAGACGAGCUUGAUAUGCUACAGGAAGAUAAUGAAAGUAUGCUUGAAAAGCUUCGACUUGCAGAGGAUCGGUGUGACGAAGCAGAGGCUAGAGCUAGGCAGCUUGAGAAACAGGCCAAGAUCCCAUGGUCCUUGCAUGUGGAGCUCACUCAGCAUUUCUUCACACGGCAUCGAGGGAGAAGAACUGAACAAGUGUCAGCCCUUACCUGAUUUUUGCACUUCCCAGGAGUUGAACACUCAACCUCCCUACUCUGAUAUCAUGUUCGCUACUGUUUCACCUAAAAGCUCGAACUGUUAGGGAAGGGCAACGUAAAUGUAUACAUCAACACCAACCAUUGUGGCUCCUUCAUCCAAGAAGGUAGUGUGGAAAAGUCCUGAUACUAUUAGGAUUACUAUAUAGCAAUACAGGAACUAGAAUUUCUGCAGCUCAAAUCUGCAGAACAUAACAGAAU